AGCCAAACUGAGGAUCAAUCUCUUCGCCGGCUCAGUCAUCUCAUCAGUCGUAGUCCAACGUUUGUUUCUUGAUCUCUCGAUCCUUUCGUGGUGCCCGCUAGCGAAGGUGACGUGAGAUUUCGUUUUUUUUUUGCCAAAUUGACUGCCAUACGAUGGACAGCAACGGAGUCGAAGACUGCGCCUCGGACGUCGAUGAUCCGCCUAUCAUACCGCGCGUGGAUGUUGUGUAUCUUAGUUACAACUCUAAGAGGAUUCGACCGACCAUCGCACUGGACAAUGCGUGCACCGUUAGCUUGUAUGAGCUAAAAAAGCAUCGUCAGAUCAAGAAAAAACAGAAGACAGAGAUGAGCUACGAUGCUUAUCAGCACUACAAAUGGUAUAACGCGGUGCUCACGAAUCAGCUACGAGAGGGCGGCGGACCAAUGCUGCUCAAGGUAUUCCACUGGUACAUCGAAUCGCCGAAAGCGGAUGCCUUCAUGGUGGAAAACUGCCGGUACGAUGCAGUUUCGUUGAUCAUAGCCGCUCACGUGGAACAUUGGUACUGUGCAAAAGCGGGCUGCACCAGUACCUACGGCAGUCGUAUUCGACUCCGAAGCAACGGAAAAGUUGGACCGGAUGCCACCGAAAAGGCGAAGGCUCGAAUAGCGGACUGUCUGGUGUCACCGGUUCGAUCCGAGACGAACAACGCACGGCUAAAACUGAAGCAAUGCUCGAAACGACUUUCUCUCAAUACAAUUAGCGAGGAGUAACGCAUUUGAAUUAGCGAAAUUGGUGCGACAAUAGCUAAAAUAUCAGACACUUUACGUAUUGUGAUUCAUAAUUUGCUAAUAUAUUUAUUCAACAAUCUGUACCGUCAGACAUUGUAA